UCACUCUCGACCCUGCAAUGUAUGCUCCACCUACCUCCACAUUUAUCAGAACCUUGGAUCCUGCUUUAAAGCCUGUAGCUGAAGCAUUCCUCCAGCUGUCAAUUGGGAAGAGAGUCAGCACGAAAAAUUGGUUCACCUGUCCCAGUUAUGUUGAUACUAACCCCAGAUUCUCUCCGUGUAAUAUUUCUUCUAUGGCUGCUUCAUCACUGUGUAAGUGUGAUGAUGGACGGUGCAUAGCUGAUGUAUCAAAUCAACCAAGACUUUAUGAUUGGUUAUUAAGGACUAGAUGGCAGUAUAUUCAAAACAGGGUAAAUUGGUUUCUUUUUAUAAAUGGUUUAUGUAAAAAAUUUACAUAAGAUAUAUUGUACGUGGAAAUAUAAACACAAAUGCAGUAUAA